GGGGGGAGGGAGGGCACUUGACCAGAAAGGUGACUAAAGUGUGCGGUAAACCUUUUUGCACCUGACCCUGUCCCAUAGAAAAUUUGCCAAAAGCAUACUCUGUCCAAAAGAUUGGUAAAAAGGCAUAUUGCACAGUUAUGCCAAAAUAUACCUGAGCGGAAAGAGGAUCUGCACUGUAACUAAUGCGUGUUGCUUUUGGGAGCAUAUAUUCCUAUUUUUUGCUUCUAAAUACCUUGUCCAAAACAGUUUCCUUAAUUUUGAUACCUUAUAUUUUAAUCAGAAAAACUCCCAAGCCCCAUAAUUUUAAUCUGAAAACCCCGUGUUUCAUGGCAUAACCGCUUAUGUCAAGCAUAGGCGUGCUCCCCCCGGGGGGAGGGGGAGGGGUAGGAGACAAUUUCAUUUGCCUCGAUUCUGUUUUCGGGCAUAAGUGCAAAACAACAAAUAUGGCGGACCAAGAUGGUCAAGAGGGUCAGAAAGUGAAAGACCUUAUUCAUUCCUUCAGAACCCUUGACAAUGUCGAAAAGACUUUGUUUAUGUUAAGUUGUGUUAAGGAAUGCAAGACAUCUCAGUUAAAGGUGGUUUAUGAAGAGGUAGAGAGGAUAUUGGCAAAUGAUUUUGUCAAUAUCUUACCUACUGAGCUUGCUGAAAAGAUAUUCUCAUAUCUUGAUGCCAAAUCUUUAUGCAGAGUUUCAUGUGUCAACCGUAAAUGGAGAAGAGUGUCGAAUAACAAUAAAAUAUGGUAUGAUUUGUGUAAGGAUAGAAAAUGGCAUGCUUACUGCAACAACAGAACAUUAAAACAUCCACCUGAUAGAGCUCUCUCAAGGCCAUCAUCAGCAUCAAGAAAGAUUUCAAUCAGACCUUUUGACUUCAAUAGAAAAACAUCAAAUGCACAAUAUUUAGAUGAAAUUUGUGAAUGGAAGGAAUUAUAUAUUAAGGUGUUCCAUCUACAACAAAAUUGGGUUGAAGGCCUUUACGCAGUUAAACCUAUCUUGAGAGGUCAUAAACAGCCAGUUACCUGUUUAGAUUGUGAUGGAGAAGUUAUUGCAUCAGGAUCUUUAGAUGCUACAGUGGUUUUAUGGGACAUAAAUUCCCUUGAAUGUAAGGUAAAAUUGACAGAUUUUGGAGGUGCAGUCAAGUGCUUAAAAUUGAAGGACAAUCACCUGGUUACUGGUUGUAUUGACUCUGUUAUUCGUGUUUUUAGUACAAAAUCAUUUAAUAUUCUAAGAAAAUUCGAUUGUCAACAAGGAAGCAUUGAACAUAUUUGCUUUGAAGAAACAAUAAUUGCAAACACAGUUUCAGGUGACAGGGACAUACGUAUUUGGUCAAUUGAUGAUAAUAAAAAUGACGAUAGGUGCUUGCAUCGCUUAGAAGGUCAUACAGAUGAUAUCGAGGUUCUUCAAUUGUGGAAUGGUACAUUAGUGAGUACGUCUUGGGAUGGCUCUGUUCGAUUAUGGUGUGUACAAACUGGACAAUGCUUACAUUCCUUGUUUGGCCAUACUGAAGUGGUAAUGUGUUGUCAGAUGGACGACGAAAAGAUUAUGACAGGGGGAGCAGAUGGAAACGUGAUCAUUUGGGACACAAAUUUCGGACACUUGAGGCAAACCCUUUAUGGUCAUGCUGAAGUUUAUUGUCUCCAAUUUAACGAAAAGGUAAUUGUUUCUGGAUCUGCGGACAGUCUUGUCCGUGUGUGGAGUAUUCAUGGUAGGCCCAUGUAUUCAUUACAAGGCCACAUUGGAAUAGUUCGAUGCAUUAGACUUCAAGGCAGCCAAUUGGUUAGUGGAGGGGACUGCAAAAAAGUUAUUGUCUGGGAUGCCGAGAAGGGAGAGCUGCUAAAUUUUGUGCAUCGACACCCAACAUCAUUGCAUUUGAUGUGGACUGAUGAAACAAGAAUAGUUACAGCUUCGCCAGAAACCCCGGGUACUGUCACUGUUGUCAGCUACUGGUCAUAAUUCAGCCAGAUCCGGUCACAGAAUAAAACUUAUACCGUAGCCCAGUUGUCGAAAAGCGUUAUCCGCAAUGGAUAUUUGCUGCUGUUCACCCGUCCAUGUGUUUGUGUGGUACUGAAGUUGUGAAAGAAAGAAAUAAAAGAUAGCCUGCGUGCAGACUCGACUGGUUUAUCCAGAGAUGAAUCUAGUUGAUUGGAAAUUUAGUUGAUUGGAAAAUUCAGUGUUUCUCUCCCAGUAGACAAACCAGCAGAAAAUUCAGUGUUUCCCUACUGAGAGACAAACCAUUAGAAAAUUCGGUGUUCCUCUCCUGGAAGACAAACCCUAAAUUUUCCAUCCAACUAAAUUCAUCUCUGGGAAACCAGUCGAGCCUGCGCACAGGCUAAUUAAAAAGAUGGUGCUGCCAAAAGUGCGACACGAAAGCUGUAUAAAAAUUUGUCUGUUAGGAGAUCUCCCGAUCGAAGACUCUUCUGGACUGAAACCUAUCAGUUGUGGUAUAACAUCAUGCUAGUCUGUUAUAUUGUCAUCAUGGUAGAUAUUCAAAGGUGCAAGAAUUAAUACUAAUAAAAGCACCAGCUGUUAGUAUACCGGUUGCAAGAUACACUCAUUUUUUUAUAAGAAACAAAGGUCAAUGUUAAGUACUCCAGUUUCUUAAUGUUCUGGAGAUUUCGUGAUGUCAUGAAUGAUGUUUUGAAAGGUUUGUGACCUUUUUUAUCACGUCAAGAGAAUCGCUUCCAUUCUGAUGCUGUAUCUAGAUGUAGGAAGUAUUUAUUUAUCCCUUUUGUCUUAAGUUCUGGGCCAAAAGGGGAAUCAUGUUCUUUGAUUAUACAAAAUUUCUUUGUUCUCAGUUUUAUCAUAUUUUGAUAGUUUCUUAAUCUUUUUGCUUCGAGUACUGAAGUUUCUUAAUUUUUGCUGACUGUCCAAUACUCGUUUAUUAUAGCCAGUUUUUUUUUAAAAAAUGAGUGUACUGCAUUUCAGCACGAAUAUUGAAAAUACCUUAACCGCGACCUCAGCAAUCGCAGAAUUGAGCUUUAGUUGAAGCGAACAACAAUUUUAAAUAUUGCAAUCAGCGGCGUAACCAAGCCGUCUUCAACCCCGAGGAAAAAUAUGCUAACUGGCUCCUUGCUCUUUAAAAUUUGCAUCCCUUUUGUAUAUUGCUCUGUUUUAAGGGGGUUAAAAGGGGACAUGAUCCCAAACCCAGCGCUUAUGUUAGCCAGAAGGGGCUCGCACUUAAAGGAGAACUGACACGCAAAAAAAACUUUGGCUUAUUCGAUGCAAAAUUUGUCGCUGAUUUCAAAUCUGGAAAAAGUUUUCUUCUUAGAUUCGCCGUUUUUCUGAUAUUUGCACUUUUAUCCGUCAAAUACGUCACAGCCAGGACUCGGGAAUUUCCCGAAGCGGAAACAAGAUUAUCGCCAGGAGUUGUUAAAAUUCUCGGUUGACGUCACAAGUGACAUGUUAACAAUGCCGUUGUAAAGGCUUUCACCGCAACGGUGAAAGUACAAGUGAAGUUUCGUGUUUUAUUGAAAAAAGUCCGCGGUGAAAAGACAAAAAAUUGUCAGGCAUUUCAUUUAUAAGUAUAUAGAAGCUAGAAAAUCCUAGCUACAUGUCUGCUAAGACGCUUAUAUCCACAUAAAAUUUAUUUUCAUGCCAUGAUAUCUUCGAACCAGCAUGCUUUGAAACAUUGAAAGAACCUCUAAGCUUGUGAAAAAAGGAGUCGACUUUGUUUGAAAAUUGAUACCGUUUCUUCAAAGUUUUUAUUUUUACAAUUACAAAAAAAUCGCAACAUGGGGGGUGGGGGGAGGGGGUUGAAGCAGUAGCCAAAAGACAAACGAAAUCUAGUGGAGACAGCGGUAAAAGCGAUCCUGCAACCUGCUUUGGGUGCAGAAAUAUGAAUUCAAGAAAAAACCUUGGUUGAUGAGAGCUGCGAGUGUGACUAAAUAAUAAUUUCACUGAACUUGAUUAUUGUAUUUUAACAGAGGUUGAGAUACUAGGGAAUAACCUAGUCUUGCAAAAAGACCAUCCCCCACCCAAGUCAAAAUUGCUUGCAAAAGAAUAUAAUGCGCCAGUUGAUAUUCCUAUGACAGCUAAACAGCAUUUUCUUCGACUAAGAAAUCAAGUUCUUUGACUACGAGCUAAGAGCCUAUUUCGUAAAUCCAGAUCUUUCGACUGCCAGGUAACUUAUCAGUUCCCGAAACCCUUCACGCCGGGUGAAAAUGGCAUAAAAUCCGCACAAGUCGACUUUUAACCCGCCUUUACUAUUCAAUAUCACUAUACAGUUAACGCGUUUAAAACAUUGAAAAACAAUCAUAGAAUGUUAUAUUAACAAUUAAUAACUUGCAGUUCCGUUUAGGGCAUCAUGGGCAUUUUAGCCAAUUUAGGCCAUACAGACAAAGCAGUCUGGCCAAAGACGCCUCAAUCUGAAAUAAAAUUCUAGUUUUACGAUACCUGAUCUCAUUUAGAUUGUAGCAAUAGCAUUAUUUUUAAUAGAAAUUCCAUAUCAGUUUGUACUUCCAGUCUGUUCUUUGUUUACAAUAUCGUCACUGUUGAGCCAUGGGACGACUGUCUGCCCAAGCGGCAGCGCUGGUUGGUAGCAAAAACUCAGACGGCUGAAACUCUCCAUUUGUUUCGAAAUCAGUGUAAUAAAACUCCGAUUCAGAGUCCCAAACUAUUGAAAAAGUCAAUUAUGUGUCAAAAAUGCAAAAUUAGCUCCUUUCACAUGCACAAAAUAAACAUUUGUCCGCAGCAUUUUGUUAAAGGUUUCUAUAGAGAAACGCAAUACGUGCUGAGAACAUGUCACUUGUGACGUCAAAGAUGAUCGUCCACUCGUGACGAUUUUCGCCUCGAGUCUCAAGUUGUCGGAACAAUUGUCGUUUCUCAACUUAAAACGCCUGUAUUUCAAAAACGGUAACUGUGAUUUAAAAAAUUUUUUCGAUCCUGGAAUUUGCUUGUCACAAACUACCGUUUUAGCCAAACUUAUUUUUGCGUGUCAGUUCUCCUUUAAGGAAAAAUAUUGAAAUUGUAAAGAUCAAGGGUCCCGCAGAUGUUUUUGAAAAUACUCGGUGUGGCAAAGUUUCCGAAAAUUGUCUGAAAAUCAUUUUUUUUUCAGAAUUUGAGAAUGCAUGAUAAUUUUCCGAAAUUUUGGCACCCCAAAGCGUUAUGCUAAAACAUGUAAGUGUGAAAAACACGAGGUACCUAUCCCACCAUUAGUUCAAAACUGCUACGCAACAACAGAUGUUUGGAUGCCAAUCAUCUCUCUUGGCCUCCUUAUUUUUUUCGCACCCCCCAGGGACGGAUUUACCGGGGGCUGUAGGAGGUGCGACACCGCCCGAUAUAUUUGUGUCUUUCGGUAAAUUUUGCUUUGAUUCAGUAAACAAAAUUUUUCGAUGAUCAAUACUACAAAAAAAUUCAAAAAUUUACUUUAUUUAUCUUCUUAAUCUUGAAAUAAAGGUGGCUCUUGAAAAUGGGCUUUUCCAUCAUUUUCUAAUCACCAGAAAAGUGUGACAUCAAAAUCCAACCAUUAUCUAACACCCCCAAUCUUUGCCGCUUAAAUCCGUCCCUGCACCCCAUCUCAACGUUUUAAUUUCUGAUUUUUACCUAGCCUAGGAAAUAUGUAAAAGAGUUUUAUUGAUUACUUUUCAUUAACGGUCGACUAUUCAUUGAUUACUAUCUACCUCACUUACUUUAUAAAAAUUGUCUUAACAUUAAAGCUUUUUUAUUAUCAACACGACUUGUGGCAGUAUCCUAGAAUAAUUAUGGAGGUAACAGAGUCUAGCUGCAGUACAACAGAUUCUCCAAGAAUUGACGUAAUUUGCUCGAUUCAGAACAAUUUUCCUUUGAUGGAUAUUAAAAUUUAAAUAGGUUUGCUUUCCCAUUUUUUUUUAAAAAUUAGAUAUUAAAGAAAGAAGUGAAUAUGUUGUCCGAAAUUUUUUUGUCUGGAAAGAAAUAUCCGAAAACAUCUUUGCUUAGGUUUAUUGUUGGAAAAUUUCUCCACUGAAAAUGUUUUUACUCCUUGUACUCUUACCUAUUAAACUUUAUGUCUUCAUGUAAAGUUCUUUCCGCUCUGAAAUCUCAUGAAUCAUGUAAAGAUUUCAUAUUUCAAGAAGUGUUUUUUAGCUUACAAAUAACAGCAUCUUCGUGGUAUGUUUCAAGAAAACUUUUUCCCAACUUCAUAUUGUAUAUUUCAUCUCAUUAGAGCUACACGCUACAGAUAAGCUUAAAGCCUUGUUUCUAAUGCAUUCUGGUUGAAAUGUAACUUGAGAAUGAUUUAGAGUAGCAUAUAUUUCUAAUGUGAGUGUUUUCACUUAACCAUUAAAGACACUUUUAAAGUGGUACUUUAUGAAAUAUGUUCGGUUUUUCUCGUGAUUAGCCAUUCUGAUCACCCCUCAAUCAACCUCAUUGAAUCUUUCUUUUUUCCUGUCAUUUUUUCUCUACCGGUAUCACAUUGAAUAGAUACCGGUACUCACGAGCCUCGAAUUCAAGGUACUUUGAAUGCUAGCUGGUGUUUUUCAUUCAUUUUAAUGAUUUUAUUGGGGAUCCGCAGACCCUCAAUUAUUUUUUCCCACCUACGUUCCGUGCAUCAUGAAUCAUACAAUUUCAGCCCCAGUCUCUUUUUACCGUUGUUAAUUUCUCAAUAGGAAGAAUUCAAAUACCCGUACCAAAAUUUAGGUCUAUAUCUAGAGUGGGAUUUUAAGUAUAUCUUUUAUCCCCUAUUUUCCCAUUCAAAGACCUUAACCUUGAUGAAUUUCAUCAAGGAAGAUUUUAAACUAAACUGUAACUAUUUAGAUGUUAAACAAAUGAUUAGAUUUCUCUCGGAACUGAGUUGCAAUUAUCGACCCGAUCUUUUUAGUCACUGCACUAACUAGUUAAAGAUAAAGUUUUCAUUUUCUCACACCUUUCAUCUAGACUAUUUUUCUAUAAUUCGCAAAAUUUCUAUAAAUCGAAGGUUGGUAGAGCUGGCUGUUACUCAGCCAUUUUCGGUCAUAUGAUCGCAGGAGCGGUAUGGCUAGGUGGUACAACGGGAAAUUUCCCAGUGAACCGCUUUCAAAUUAGUUUGUAAAACCAGGAAAAUGUUUAAUAUGAACAAAAUCUUUGGUGAGAAAACGCCUCACUUGCAUGUAGACUCGAGUUCACAGUUCAGAAGUAGAGGAGGUCCACAUAUACAAACAGGCCCCUGUUGAAAUGAGUUGAAUAUGAACAGGGCCGUCGAGAGGGGGACAAGGAGGUGCAAACUGGCCCAGGCCUCGAGAACUUAAUUUUAAUGAAACGCGACUAAGUAUGCCUAAAGAUUGUAAAAUGUGGUAAAUGACUGUAAAAAACCUUCUGAAAUGUGUUUCAAGCUAACUUAAAGGGCGUGACCGUGUGCAUUACAGCGUUGGAUUUGUUUCACAUUUUCUUGCAGUCCUGAAGAGACUAUGGUUAGAAAAAAGGGGAUACACCCCAACAAAAAUAGCAGAUGAACCUUUAAAAAUGAUAGGUAGGUACUAUUUUUGGCAACUUCAAACUAAUUUCAAAC